UGAGAGAGAGGUACACAAUAGAAUAGUGCUCUCCUCUCGUCUCCUCUCAACUGACUCUAGAGAGAGAAAGCUCAGAAGGGUUGGGAGGUGGUGCUAAAAUGACCGGCGGUGGGUCAUCGGGAAGGUUACCGACGUGGAAGGAGAGGGAGAACAACAAGAGGAGGGAGCGGAGGAGAAGAGCCAUUGCUGCUAAGAUAUACUCGGGCCUUCGAGCUCAGGGCAGCUACAAGCUUCCCAAGCACUGUGACAACAACGAGGUCUUGAAAGCUCUAUGUGCUGAAGCUGGUUGGGUUGUUGAAGAAGAUGGCACUACUUACCGCAAGGGAUGCAAGCCACCAAUUGAAAUUGCAGGCACUCCCACAAAUAUGAGUGCGUGUUCAUCAAUGCAGCCAAGCCCACAAUCCUCAUCUUUCCCAAGUCCUGUACCAUCCUACCAUGCCAGUCCAUCUUCCUCCUCCUUCCCAAGCCCUACUCGUUUUGACGGAAACCCUUCCUCUUACCAUCAAAACCCGUCCUCGUACCUUCUUCCAUUCCUACAUGACCUGGCUUCCAUUCCUACAAAUCUUCCAUCUCUUAGAAUUUCGAACAGUGCUCCUGUUACACCACCUCUGUCUUCCCCAACUUCUAGAGGAACGAAGCGGAAGCCUGACUGGGAAUCCCUUACUAAUGGCUGCAUAAACUCCUUGUGCCACCCCCUGUUUGCAGCCUCUGCCCCUUCAAGUCCUACUCGGCGCCACCAUCUUGCACCUGCCACAAUUCCAGAAUGUGAUGAGUCUGAUGCUUCCACAGUGGACUCUGGUCGUUGGGUGAGUUUCCAGACUGGGGUACCUUCAGUAGCUCCACCUUCGCCCACAUUUAAUCUGAUGAAACCGGUGGCUGAGCAGAAUGUUCAUCAGCAGACUGUUGUUGUGCAUGGGGGGAUUGGUUGGGGGAACCCCGUGGAGAGGGCACGAGGGUCGGAGUUUGAAUUUGAGAGUGGCAGGCUGAAAGCUUGGGAGGGUGAGAGAAUACACGAGGUUGGAGUGGAAGAUCUGGAGCUUACACUUGGGAAUGGGAAGAUGCAUAGUUAAGCAUCAUCCGCCGCCGGAAGCUUUAGCUUGAGAAUGUGUCUUUAAGAAUGAGAGGGAAGACCUUUUGUGGAUUUCACUGGGCAUUUCGAAUACUUUGGCAGCUGAUAAGCAUUGCUUGGUGUCUACUUUCACUUCUAUUACAAAUUUGGCUCACGUCAAAAUCAUUUUCGGUGCAUCAUGUAUUUCCUUAAAUGUAGAGUUUACUCUCUCCUGGAGCCACUAUAGGAAUCUAAUCUCA